ACCCAACAAGUCUCUGGUUGAUUAGAAGUUUAGAACUCUAUAUUUAAGCUUGCCAGGUGGUUAAAUACGUGUGUAUAUAUUCAUGUAAACUUAAAAGACAAAACAACUGAAGAAUGAUGAUGGGGAUGAUCAUGAGCAGUGUUAAGCUUAUGGAAAUGUUGCCGUUUUCGGUGAUGGUGGUUAUGGAAGGUUGUACGAUUGUGUUAACAAUCUGGGCUAAAACUGCCAUGACAGAUUAUGACAUGAGCCCUUUUGUGUUUGUUGUUUAUACUCAUGCUCUAUCCUCCAUCAUCCUCCUCCUCUAUACUUUCGUCUUUCACUGCAGAAGUAGAAGUUCUACACAACAAUCACUCUUCUCCUCUGGUCUCUUCAUUCGAUGCUUCCUCUUGGGUUUUACAGGCAUAGCAGUAUCUCAAAACCUUGCAUUUCUUGGCUUGAGUUACAGUUCUCCAAUUCUAGUGUGUGCCAUGGGCCUAAUGCUACCUACUUUUUCUUUCUUGCUCUCUAUCAUUCUCAGGAGGACAAAAACAGAUUGGAGAAGCUCAAGCUUCCAAGCCAAAGUGAUUGGCACUAUAAUAUCAAUCAUGGGGGCAAUAGUAGUUGAACUCUACAAGGGUCCAUAUAUAAGACCAUCUGCAGUUUUGUCCUCUUCUUCAUACUUGGUCUUAUUUCAGAAAGCAGGACAAUAUUUGGUCUUCUCCUCAGCAGCAACAGAACAUUGGGUUCUGGGUGGAAUUUUAUUGGCAGGAGCUUCUGUAUCUGUCUCAGUAUGGAACAUCAUUCAGAUGGGAACUAUGAAAUUAUAUCCGGCAGUAGAAGUAAUGGAAGUGGUAUCAUAUUAUAGCUUGCUUGGGACUAUCCAGUGUGUAAUAUUCUCUUUAUUCAUAGAAAGAAGCCUAAGUGCUUGGAAAAUAAAGCUCAACAUGGAUCUCCUUCUCAUUGUUUUAACAGCAUGUUUUGGGGGUCUAGUUCGAAGCCGUGUUCACAAUUGGUGCAUGAACAUGAAGGGCACACAUUAUGUGCCAAUGUUCAAACCAUUUGGGAUUGUUUUCGCCACCAUUUUCGGUGUCAGCUUAUCUGCCAAUAAUCUUCAUUAUGGAAGUGUGUUAGGAGCAGUGGUGAUCGGAGUAGGGUACUUUACUAUAAUGUGGGGGCAGACCAGGGAAGAUGAAGAUGAACAAUGUGUUAAUCGUAAUGGUCAGAGCAAUCUGGAAUCUACAAAUUCUGAAGCCAAGGUCCCUCUCUUGGAAGAAGAAAUCGGUGUUUAGAUUAAUCUUGCGUGAUGAAAACUCAAUUGAAGGCUUCUACAUAUGAAAAAAUUUUCAUUGGCAAGAUACUGAACAAGAAGAGGAUCAAUUCUCCAAAUAUUUAUCCAUACUGUGAAUCAGUUCGUAUCGUAUAUAUUGCUGUUUCAUGUGCAGCAGAACUUGGAGAUCAACUCAUCAAAGCUCGAGGAAGGAAGGAUGGAUAUUUUCUGUGAAAAUGGCUGUAUAUUUUGUGUUUGUAUAUAGUUUAGGUAUAUGGGAGAAAAUUUCAUUUAUGGUAGAAUGGGAGAUUACAGGGUGUCUAGAAACAUGUAUUCUAUACUGGGGGUCACUUGAAGUUCUGUGUUGGGUUUUACAGUUUUACCAAAUGGUAAACAGUAAAUUGUCAUGGUUUCAAUGAAUAAUUUGUGGUACAUAACUAUGAAUAUGAC